CAUGGCCAGUACCGAGACCGAAAACACUCGGGCAACCAGAGCUAGGGAGCAAUAGAGUUCCGAACCCACUGCUACAGUUCCAACACCAUCGCAAGCCAUCUUCAUCGAGUUCUGUCUCGAGUUUAGGAACAAGAUGCACUAUGAGCCCCCUACCCUACGCAGUACCGCCUCCGCCAGGCAAUUCAAGCCCGUCAGACGCAUCGAAUAGGACUAUGCAGAACCGAAUAGAUACUCCCGUAUCUGCACCUGCACCUCCACAUGCGCAAGAUUUCAGUUGGUCCAAAGUUCCCCUCCCAUCUCACUUCUCGUCCCCAGGUCUCGCUUCGGCUUCUCGCGUGUCGUCGUACCAGUCCACCAUCUCGAACCUCUCAGCGCAAUCCGAGCCUAUUGUACUCUCAACAAAUACUCUGAUCAACACAACUUCUCCAGGCCAGUACAAUCCUCUCCAUCACUACCAACCCUGCAUGUACCCAUCAUGCACAUCUCACUACACACUCGCUCAUACUGGCCCAACGUACUAUCUUCCUCAAGGCCCUUAUUCGCUAGCCAGGCUCCACGGAUACUGUCACCAACAUGCUACUCGAGAAUGGAAGGAGACAAAUGCGAUGUGUAAGAGCGAGUGGGAGUGUCUGAGGCAGAAUGCCGGGCGAAAGACGCUAGGGUCAAUAGCUGCAGAAUUCGAAAUCUUCCUCGAAGGGUUGAAGGAAGAAAGAGGACUUGAGGACGGGACCUUGUUUAGAAAGCAGAAGAUACGGGUAUCGGGUGUCGCGCAGCCAGUCCUCCAAAGCCACAACAGCGCCAAAGGGAAAGCUAGACAAGAUGAGGAAGGCGACUCGGCCUGGGACUGGCGCUACUCUCCUCGCCCUUGCAUUACCUCUUCCUGUCUCUCCCCACCUUAUUCACCGUACGCGAACGAUUUAUACGCCUUCUACCACACCCGACAACCCUCGACAUUCCUUCCGCUUCGGGUCCUGUGUCCUACCUGUUCCAAAGCCGAAGUCGAGAUGUUCGCGGAGAGGGUUACGGAGAAGUGGUCAAGCAGGUGUGGUUGGGAUAAGACAGAGUGGAAUGGAUGGUUCAGCAAUGUGGUCAGGGAUCGCGAGAUGGAGGGUGAGUUUUGGGAGGCGACACAGGGGAGAGCUGUCAAGGCGCGUGGGCCUGUGCAGUUGGUUGAGAAGGUCGAGGAGGAAGAAGAAGAAGGGAAGAAAGGGAAAAGGUCGAUCUUAAGGAAGUUGUUUAGCAGUAUGACUGUGUGAAGUGUCCAUGUGAUUGGGUUUCUAGUAUGGGGAGGUGGCUCCUUGAUCGUGUUUAGCCAAUUUUUCUGCUGAAGGCACUUACGCAGUAUUUAAAGAGAAUGCAAUUGGUAGCGAUCGACGAUUCUUGACAUCAGAUCUUCUACCAGCAC